CUGAUUGGCUUGGAGCGGCCGCGGCAGGCCAGGCUCCCUCCUCGCGCUUAGGCGGUUUAUUGUCUCGCGGCUCCUAAGGCGGCUCUAGCGCGGCGGAAUCGGGACCGGACCUCGCACAGCAGCGGCGGAACCAUGGCUGGUGGCAAGGCUGGAAAGGACAGUGGAAAGGCCAAGGCGAAGGCAGUUUCUCGCUCACAAAGAGCAGGACUGCAGUUCCCAGUGGGUCGAAUCCACAGACACUUGAAGACUCGCACUACGAGUCAUGGGCGAGUUGGUGCUACUGCUGCAGUGUACAGUGCUGCAAUUCUUGAGUAUCUCACUGCUGAGGUGCUGGAAUUGGCAGGUAAUGCCUCCAAGGAUCUCAAAGUAAAGCGUAUCACUCCUCGUCACUUGCAGCUUGCUAUUCGUGGGGAUGAAGAGUUGGAUUCCCUUAUUAAAGCUACCAUUGCUGGUGGAGGUGUAAUCCCUCACAUCCAUAAGUCUCUGAUUGGAAAGAAGGGACAGCAGAAAACUGCAUAGAGAGGAGUUUUAACCAACCCUCUUCCUCCCUGUCAUUGUACUGUAACUGGGACAGAAGAAAUAUGGGGAUAUGUGGAAUUUUUUAAGAAAUAGUUAAAUGGAAGAGCAUAGACAAUUGACUGUAGACAUCAGAAAACAUUUGUAUGUUCUUUAGAUUCAAAGUUUGACAAAAAGUAUCUUGUCAUGUGGCAGCAAUUCGUGUGUUGAUUGGCUAGGUUUCUCCCGUGUGUUUUAUACAAAAAUGGAACUGAUAAACCAUUUUUUACAAAA